GGACACGGCGCUGCCUCCGGUUCCACGGGAUGGCCUCCGGAAGCUCUGCUGGACGCGAGCCGUACGACGAGGAGGCCGCCUCCCGCCGCCCGCUCGAGCUCGCCGUCCGCGACUCCGCCUCCGCUUCCGCCUCCGACCACCGGUCUGGAAAUAUCAUGCCUAGAUAUCAGGUGGGUUCAAAUAAAGUUGAUACAAGUAAGAAAAACCUGGAGGCAUGGCAUAAGAAGCAAUCUGGUGCAGGUGAUAUACGCAAGAGCAAGUCGGGAUACUUCACGGCAUUCGGGGUGGACCUAUCUCCUGAUAAUAUGGCAGUUGCGAUUGUAUAUUUUGUGCAAGGGGUUUUAGGUCUUGCCCGACUUGCUGUGAGCUUUUACUUAAAAGAUGACCUUCACCUUGAUCCGGCUGAGACUGCAGUUAUAUCUGGCUUCUCAUCUUUGCCCUGGUUGAUCAAGCCCAUCUAUGGCUUUAUCAGUGAUUCCAUUCCACUCUUUGGGUAUCGAAGAAGAUCAUAUCUUAUUUUGUCAGGAUUUCUUGGAGCAUUUUCAUGGAGUUUGAUGGCUACAGCAGUGGACAGUAAAUAUGGUGCAGCAUUCUCUAUUCUUCUUGGAUCACUUUCUGUUGCCUUCUCAGAUGUUGUGGUAGAUUCUAUGGUAGUUGAGAGAGCUCGUGGCGAAUCACAAAGUACAUCUGGAUCUCUUCAGUCUCUAUGUUGGGGAUCCUCUGCAUUUGGUGGAAUUGUGAGCGCAUAUUUCAGUGGUUCGCUUGUGGAUACUUAUGGAGUAAGAUUUGUCUUUGGUGUUACAGCAUUUUUACCCUUGAUGACAUCUGCUGUUGCAGUUCUUGUAAAUGAACGUCGUUUAACUCCUGGAGAACAUGCAAUGUCAGUCUCUGGUUCAGGAUUCAUUGAGAGUUCGACACAGCACAUUAAGCAGCUAUGGACUUCUGUAAAGCAACCUAACAUUUUCUUGCCGACUUUAUUUAUAUUCCUCUGGCAAGCAACACCACACUCAGAGUCUGCCAUGUUUUUCUUCAUCACAAAUAAACUUGGAUUCACUCCAGAGUUUCUAGGACGUGUAAAGCUUGUUACUUCCAUUGCAUCCUUGCUUGGUGUCGGAAUUUAUAACUAUUUUCUGAAGGCAGUUCAUCUGAGGAAGAUAUUUUUUGUGACAACCAUCAUAGGUUCAGCCCUUGGAAUGACACAGGUUCUUCUUGUCACUGGGCUUAAUAGGCAGUUUGGGAUCAGUGACGAGUGGUUCUCCAUUGGAGAUUCGUUAAUCAUCACAGUCCUUGGCCAGGCUGCAUUCAUGCCGGUGUUAGUGUUAGCUGCAAAAUUGUGCCCUCCAGGAAUGGAAGCAACUUUGUUUGCCACUUUGAUGUCUGUUUCGAAUGCUGGAAGUGUUACUGGUGGUCUGGUCGGUGCUGGUCUAACAAAGCUUUUGGGAGUCACUAGGGAAAGUUUUGGAAAUCUACCUCUAUUGAUUAUCAUAUGCAAUCUCAGUUCCUUGCUGCCCCUGCCUCUUCUAGGUCUCCUUCCAGAUGAAGAAGAUUCAGAUAAUGAAGAGACAAAACACAGCUGACUAACUGAGGUUUAAUGCGUUCCAAUUCUCAAGUGUAGUAUGGCCUGCUCCGUUUCAACCUGAGGUAACAGAUGUGGCUGUGCUCCAAUAUGAGUCAGCAAAUCAGCAGGGAAAUAUAGAAUGAACAUUUCAUAUGACUGCAUCUUUCCUUGCUGCCAUGUAAGCACCAAGAUCAAUAUGGUCAUCACAAAUGGAACCUGAUGCUAUGGAGCACAGGUACUUUUCUUUUCUUUUAUAUAGCUAACAUGUAUUAUGACUUUAUGAGACAGUGUUGAGCGAUCGUUAUGUAACUGAUGUAACACCAUGAAAAAGAACGGAGGGGUUUACCUUUUUUAGUUACACAGCGACCCCCUUUACCAAUUUGGUUACUUGCGGGGAAAUAUAAAUAUUUUGUCCCCUUCAGAAGCUGUACUAUCUACUAUGGAUAGUGUGAAUUGUGAAGAAACAUACACUUCUCCUUAAGUGGCUUGUGAU